UCUUGAGUCCACUUCCUGUUUCCUCUCAGUGUAAAAGAGUUUCAAAGACGCUCCGGCUUCUUUAAACUUUCAGUUUCAUUUCACUUUAAAUCAGCAGCAGGGAAACAGCUGAUCUGAAUCAGGUGUGUCAACAUUCAGGACAUGAGUCAGAAACCAAACAAACAAACAAACAGAUCAAACAUUAACUCAAACACGCUGCAAACAUAGAAGCUGUCCCUUCAGUUUCUGUUUUCUCCUUCAGCUGAAUAAAGAAGAGGAGAGUUUUACCCGAAGGAUGAGAGAAUACUUCACUGAUUCACGGGAGAGAUUCAGUUGUUGCAGCAAAUUUAGCAGUGAUAGUGACACCAACAUGUCUUACCAGUGGGCUGAAGAUGACGGCGAUAUACCCCGCGGGGUAGGUCGACUGGGUCGCUCUGAGCCAGUCAGCGGUGGAAGGUACAUCAUGUACCACGGCACCCACAGGCAGCAUGCUCAGUCCAUUGUGGAUUCAGGAUUUGAUCAGUCUUCAGAUGGGAUGCUCGGUCCUGGCGUGUACCUCAGCAGAGACCUGGAGAAAGCUAGACGCUAUCCUAUGGAUUGUCCUGAGCAUAAAAGGGUUGUGUUCAAGGUCCUGGUUGACGUGGGGAAAGUGAUCGCGAUCAGAAAGAAAGACAACCCUCGGAGGAAGACCUGGCAUGAUUAUGGAUAUGACACGGCCUGGGUGCCACCUAACUGUGGAAUGGUUCCAAGUGGUUUGGAGGAGGAUUGUGUCUGGGAUCCAAAGCGAAUCAAGAUCAUGGAAGUCAUCAAGCCACAUGACGGUGAUAUACCCUAUGGGGUCGUUUGACUGGGUGUUGAGCAGCCUGUCAGUGGUAAACAGUACGUCAUGUACCAUGGCACCACCAGCAAGGCUGCUCAGUCCAUCCGGUCAUCAGGAUUUCAACAGUCUUCAGGCGGGAUGCUCGGACGUGGCGUUUACCUGAGCAGAGACCUGAAUAAAGCUAGUCGCUAUCCUAUUGAUCAUCCUGAGCAUGAUAGGGUUGUGUUCAAGGUCCAGGUCAACGUGGGGAAAGUGAUCGCCAUCAAUAAAAAAGGCCACCCUCAUAGGAAGACCUGGCAUGAUUAUGGAUUUGAUACUGCUUGGGUGCCACCUCACUGUGGAAUGGUUCCAAGUGGUUUGGAGGAGGAUUGUGUCUGGGAUCCUGAUCAAAUCCAGAUCAUCAAUGUCAUCAAGCCACGUCGCACACCCGAUACCCUUAGAACGGGACACUGGAUUGGGUGUCAUCGCAGCCGCAUUUGGGUGAAACGAAAUGAUAGUGACACCAACAUGUCUUACCAGUGGGCUGAAGAUGACGGUGAUAUACCCUAUGGGGUCGUUCGACUGGGUGUUGAUCAGCCUGUCAAUGAUAAACAGUACGUCAUGUACCAUGGCACCACCAGCAAGGCUGCUCAGUCCAUCCGGUCAUCAGGAUUUCAACAGUCUUCAGGCGGGAUGCUCGGUCCUGGCGUGUACCUGAGCAGAGACCUGGAGAAAGCUAGUCGCUAUCCUAUUGAUUGUCCUGAGAAGGACAGGGUUGUCAUCAGGGUCCAGGUCAACGUGGGGAAAGUGAUCGCCAUCAAUUAUCAAGGCCACCCACGUCAGAAGACCUGGCAUGAUUAUGGAUAUGACACGGCUUGGGUGCCACCUCACUGUGGAAUGGUAUCAAGUGGUUUGGAGGAGGAUUGUGUCUGGGAUCCAAAGCGAAUCCGGAUCCUUAAUACCAUCAAACCAAUUAAAAGGCCUUCCCAUGGCCAAGUCCAGUGCCCAGGUGGAUGGGGUGCACAAGGCUACAUGUGAGCUCCAGGAGCUGUAACCAAUUAUUUUUGUAUCUUCAAAUGUAUUUUUAUAUAUUUGUACGAGUUGAUUACAAAAUAAAGUGGUCUUAUUAACUUUG